UUCCCACCCCCUCGCCCCUCCUCGAUCCCUCCUUCUUUUUCUUCUUUGCGUCGCCUGUCCCGGAGCCUUCGGGAAUAAUAAUUUCUCGCCUUCCGCCCUCUCGAAGGCUCAAACGCUAAGACUAACCCUAUCGAUCAGGAAACGAGGGAAGCGGGAGGGAUCCGUCUCACGCAUCUGGAUUUUAAUCUGCCGGGUUCGUGGACUUUGUUUUUGAAACCCUAAACAUCUAAUCGGCGAUGGAUGGGAACAAAGACGAGGCUUUGAAAUGCCUGCGGAUCGGAAAAGAAGCCUUGCAGAUAGGGGACCAAACCCGUGCCCUUAAAUUCCUAACCAAAGCCCGCCGCCUCGAUCCGUCUCUUCCGAUCGAUGAUCUCCUAUCCGCUGCUGUGGGUGGAGAAUCCCGUGACGCUGCCCCACCGGAUGGUGCGGCCCCUCCUGGUAACCCCGGCGAAGAGCCCGAGAGGCCAACCGUAGGCUCUGCUUCGGCCUCCUCUUCCUCUGCUGCUAGGACCGCGGCGAAAACUUCUUCUGAGGGGUCGUCGAGGGCUUACACAGAGGAGCAGAUCACUAUCGUCGGGCAAAUCAAGGUGAAGAAGGAUUACUAUCAGAUCUUGGGAUUGGAACGCGGUUGCACCGUGGAAGAUGUGCGUAAGUCAUACCGAAAACUAUCCCUGAAGGUCCACCCGGACAAAAACAAGGCACCCGGUGCCGAGGAAGCCUUUAAGUUAGUCUCUAAAGCUUUCCAGUGCCUUAGCAAUGAAGAGAGCAGGAAAAGGUAUGAUCUUCUUGGGUCCGAGGAGCCUGCUUACACUAGGGUUGCUGCAAGGCGCCAUGCUCGUGGCUUCGAUGGAUUUUAUGAUGCCGAUGUUGAUGCUGAGGAAAUCUUUAGGAACUUCUUUGGAGGAAUGGCUCCGGCAGGUGCUCCUUUUGGCUUCCAAUUUAGAGCCGGCGGCAUGGGUGGCCCAAGCUUUCACCAGACACAGGGUGAUGGUGGUUUCAACCUCCGUGCUCUGAUUCAGAUCUUGCCUGUUAUUAUUCUGAUUUUGUUGAACUUCCUGCCUUCCAAUGAUCCCGUGUAUUCAUUGUCUCGCUCAUAUCCUUAUGAGAACAAAAUUGUGACUGCAAGAGGCGUGCCCUAUUUUGUCAAGUCUGCAAAGUUUGAACAAGAGUACCCAUACCAAAGCUCGGAACGUGCUUCUCUGGAGCGGCACAUUGAAAGGGACUAUUUUACGAUCCUUGCACAGAAUUGUCGAGUCGAGAUGCAGCGGCGGCAAUGGGGUCUAUCAAACCAGACGCCUAACUGCGACGCACUUCGGAAGUUUGAAGAAACAGCUUCUUAAUGUCAUCAUCUUGAGAUUGACAAGAAUUAUACUUUAGAUUUGGAAGUGACUUGUUGCGGAACUUUGGGCUAGCUUCUUUAUGUUCUUUUGCAGCUGAGGAAAUUGGGGUGAAGAAGUGGUUUGCCCUUUGCAUUGCAUGACUCUUGCUUGGUCUAUACCAUCUCAGAAGACCUACAAUUUUAUCACUACUAGGAAUUUGAUACCGACAUUAUUAAAUGUGUAUAUCAGAUGGCACCUAUCCCAUUCGGCUUUUGGUUGAUCAAUUUUAAACUCGUGCAGCUUUACAUGGUACAUAGAAGUAAUUAUGUUUCUGCUGUCAUUUUGUUACAUCUGUGCUUAACUGUUCUCAGCAUGACUGAAUACUUAGUGAUUUUCUACCACGUAUUCUGAGUUGGCUUUGUUGA